CCCGUGCCGCAACCGCGGCCCGAGGAGGGCCGGCCCCAGCCCAGGCGAGCGCACGAGUGGGCACGGCCGCGCGGGCAGCUCCCUGAACCUGUCCCGCGUCGCCGCCCGGCCGACAGCACAGCGCGCGGGGAUGCCCCGGCGGCCCGGAGCACGCUGAGGCUGCGGGACACGGGGCUGGGGCUACAGAGGCAGGAGCAGAACACCUCUAGAAAACAGACAUCCCCCGUUUGCAGCCAGCACAUGGCUUCAGAAAGACUGCCAAGAACUGCUGCUGCUGCCGCCACCAACCCCCAUGGCCUACAUUCCAGAUGGGGGUGCCCCCGCCCCAGGGGCCAUCCCCUUGGGCUCUCAGUGCUGUGUGUGCAAAGUGGAGCUGUCAGUGAGUGGCCAGAACCUGCUGGACCGGGACGUCACCUCCAAGUCUGACCCCUUCUGUGUCCUCUUUACCGAGGACAACGGCAGGUGGAUGGAGUAUGACAGAACAGAGACGGCCAUCAACAACCUCAAUCCAGCCUUCUCCAAGAAGUUCGUGCUGGACUACCACUUCGAGGAGGUGCAGAAACUCAAGUUCGCCCUGUUUGACCAGGACAAGUCCAGCGCGCAGUUGGACGAGCAUGAUUUCCUGGGUCAGUUCUCCUGCAGCCUUGGCACGAUUGUCUCCAGCAAGAAGAUCACCAGGCCUCUGCUGCUGCUGAAUGACAAGCCUGCAGGGAAGGGCUUGAUCACGAUUGCAGCCCAGGAACUGUCAGACAACCGCGUCAUCACGCUGAGCCUGGCCGGCAGGAAGCUGGAUAAGAAGGACCUCUUUGGGAAGUCAGACCCGUUUCUUGAAUUUUACAAGCCAGGGGAUGAUGGCAAAUGGAUGCUAGUCCAUAGGACCGAGGUGAUCAAGUACACUCUGGACCCUGUGUGGAAGCCAUUCACUGUGCCAUUGGUGUCCUUGUGUGAUGGGGACAUGGAGAAGCCCAUCCAGGUUAUGUGCUACGACUACGACAGUAACGGAGGCCACGACUUCAUCGGCGAGUUCCAAACCUCUGUGCUGCAGAUGAAUGAGGCUCGGGAUGGCGUCCCGCUGGAGAUGGAAUGCAUCAACCCCAAAAAGCAGAGGAAGAAGAAGAGCUACAAGAACUCGGGUAUCAUUAUCCUGAGAUCAUGCAAGAUACACCGGAACUACUCUUUCCUGGACUACAUCCUGGGAGGCUGCCAGCUCAUGUUCACCGUUGGAAUAGACUUCACAGCCUCCAACGGGAAUCCCCUCGAUCCUUCUUCUCUGCACUACAUCAAUCCCAUGGGCACCAACGAAUACCUGUCAGCCAUCUGGGCGGUGGGACAGAUCAUCCAGGACUACGACAGUGAUAAGAUGUUUCCUGCUCUGGGGUUUGGGGCCCAGUUACCUCCAGACUGGAAGGUGUCCCAUGAGUUUGCCAUCAACUUCAACCCCACCAACCCUUUCUGCUCAGGUGUGGAUGGCAUUGCCCAGGCGUACUCAGCUUGCCUGCCUCAUAUCCGCUUCUAUGGUCCCACAAACUUCUCCCCUAUCGUCAACCACGUGGCCCGGUUUGCAGCCCAGGCCACACAGCAGCAGACGGCAACGCAGUACUUCAUCCUCCUCAUCAUCACCGACGGGGUCAUCAGUGACAUGGAGGAGACACGGCACGCCGUGGUGCAGGCCUCCAAGCUGCCCAUGUCCAUCAUUAUCGUGGGGGUGGGCAACGCUGACUUUGCAGCCAUGGAAUUUCUGGAUGGGGACAACCGGAGACUGCGCUCACACACAGGCGAGGAGGCCGCCCGCGACAUCGUGCAGUUUGUGCCCUUCCGAGAGUUCCGCAAUGCAGCAAAAGAAACUCUGGCCAAAGCGGUGUUGGCGGAGCUGCCUCAGCAAGUAGUGCAGUAUUUCAAGCAUAAAAACCUACCCCCCACCAACUCAGAGCCUGCCUGAGCCCAUGCCCAGCAGCAGCAUGCCAGCUGAGCCCCCAGCCUCCCCCAGGAACAUGCACGUUCACCCUGCUUCCUCGUGGGUGGCCUUUUCUACCAGUCCACAUUUUUAUUUUUUACAACCGGACCUCCACCCCCAACUUCCCCCAGCCCAGCUGGGCUUCCUUUGUCAGAGUCAACUGAUGAUGCUUCCAGGACAAACCGGCUUCCUCUCCCCACCCUCCUGCCACUCCAAGUAUUGAAUGUACUUUGUAUAAUUUUAGUGGGAUUAUUGUUAUUAAAGAGAAUAAAAUUUUUACAAUCAUAACUGGCUUUUCCUAAGUCACCAGCUGCAAUGAGGAACUUGUCCCUAGCACACCUUGUAUGGUGGCCUCCUCUGGUUCUACACUGUGACUGUGUUCCACUUGUUACAC